AUGUGGAAUCUUCGGUGUUUCUCAUGCUUAGUAUUGCUCUUUGCAAUAGACGUUGCUGGAGAUGCACCAUUAGUGAUAGCGCGUGGUGGAUCUUCUGGAUUAUUUCCUGAUUCAAGCUACGCGGCAUAUAUUAUGGCAAUGGACACUAGCUUGUCCAAUGUCAUUAUUUGGUGUGAUGUGCAACUCACCAAAGAUGGGGUUGGUGUCUGUUUUCCUGACCUCAAGCUUGACAAUGCCUCUGACAUUAAUAUUUACUACAAAAAUAAAAAGAGUGAAUACUUAGUGAAUGGAGUUUCAACACAAGGAUGGUUUUCUAUAGAUUUCAAUUUCAACGAUCUCGCACCUGUCAUCUUUUUUGUUGACAACUUCUUCACCCAGCAUAAUCCUAGUAUGACAAGUUAUAUUAUAUCUCUAUCCAGGAAUGUUCUCAUCAGCUAUAUUUCAUCACCUGAGGUGACUUUCCUCACGAGUAUUGUGGCACGAUUCAAUCCAAAACUUGUUUUCCGGUUUCUCAGAAAGGAUGAUGUUGAGCCUUCAACAAAUCAAACAUACGGUUCUUUAUUGAAGAACCUCACGUUUAUCAAAACGUUUGCCUCUGGAAUUCUUGUUCCCAAAUCUUAUAUCUGGCCGGUGGACAAUUUCCACUACUUACAACCAUAUACAUCGCUUGUCUUAGAUGCUCAUAAAGAAGGCCUUCAGAUUUUUGCAUCGGAGUUUGCAAAUGAUGUACAUAUUGCUUACAAUUACAGCUAUGAUCCCACAUCUGAGUAUUUGUCCUUCGUUGACAAUGGCGUCUUUUCUGUGGAUGGAGUAUUGUCUGACUUCCCAGUAACUGCAUCAGCGACGAUAGAUUGCUUCGCUCAUUUGAACAAGAAUGAUAAACCUCAAGAAAAGCUUUUGAUUAUCACAUUUGAAGGAGCAAGUGGAGACUACCUUGGUUGUACUGAUAUGGCUUAUAUAAAAGCUGUUUCGGAUGGUGCAGAUGUCCUGGACUGUCCUGUUCAAAUGACAAAGGAUGGACUACCCUUCUGCCUGGGUUCUAUUAAUUUGGUGGAUAAGACUACAUUUCUUCAAUCGCCAUUCAGCAAUUUAUCGAAUACUGUCCCAGGACUUAACAUAACUAUUGAAAUAUUCACCUAUAACUUUAAUUGGGAUGAGAUUCAGAGCCUGGAAUCGGCAAUAUCUAGCCCAUGGUCAGAGUUUGGAUUGUACCGAAAUCCAAAAGCCAGAAAUGACGGGAACUUUGUACCUAAUUUAACAGUAUCAUUGGUGGAUUUCUUGACAUAUGCAAAAAGUGCCACAACUCUAUCUGGUGUGAUGAUCAGCAUAAAUAAUGCAGCUUACCUGGCAAAUCAGGGACUUGGUGUAAUUGCUGUUGUUGUUGAAGCCUUGAGGAAUACUGGUUAUAAUAAUCAGACAGCAAAAAAAGUUAUGAUCCAAUCUAAAGACAGUUCAGUUCUGAAAGAAUUUGAGAAAAGCCGCUAUGAACUUGUUUAUAUGAUUGAUGAUAAUAUCAGGGAUAUUGAGAGCUCAACUAUAUCUGAGAUCAAAAGCUUUGCUAGUUCUGUAAUUUUAACCAAGAAUUCUGUUUUUCGGAGUGAGGAUGAUUUUCUCGUUGGGAAAACAGAUGUGGUGCAGAAGCUGCACUCAUCAAAUCUAUCAGUAUACGUUCAACGCUUUAACAAUGAGUUUGUGUCUCAAGCAUGGGAUUUUUUUCCAGAUUCAUCUGUAGAGAUAAACAAUUAUAUUGUUGUAGCUGGCAUUGAUGGUGUUAUAACAGAUUUCCCUCGCACAGCUGCUACAUACAGAAGUAAGUACUUAUCUCGUGAUUCAAUAUUUAUGUGUUGGGUUAUAGGGAACCGUUGUUUGGGUUACAAACACCGACCGCUGUAUUUUAGCCCUGUUGAAACUGGAGGUUUCCUACAAUUCAUGGCUCGACAGUUAUUGCCACCAGCUGAAACUCCCAACCCAAUACUUUCCAAAAGUGAUGUGGUUGAGCCACCUCUACCUCCUGUUGCAAAGAUAACACCUGCGGGCAAUGAGUCUACAACUGAUGCAUCUCCAAUCGGUCAAUCCUCAGUUGUGGCUGGCAUUUUGACAUGCUGUCUCACGAUUCUCCUUGCUGAUCUUGUCAUCUUUUGAUCUCAGUUAGAGGCGUCAUAGAGAUGAAGCUAUGUAGAAUCAGAAACUGAAUUAUUGUAUUUACUAUCUGAAGACCAAGCUCCUUAAACAAUCUCACUAUCCAACUGAUCUCUGGUGUACAUGAUGCCAUGCUCUAAUUCAGUUUCAGUUGAACUUCUAGAGACGAUCUCUUAUUUUUAUAUUUCCAGGAUACUAGUGCAUCU